GACAGCAGGACAGCAGGAGCUGGGUAGGAACCGAGAGGAGUCGAGCCGAGCUGAGUGUAACACCGAGCCGAGUGGGAAAUGGACACAGCUAGGAAAACUAGCUCACCGUAGUGAGUGUGUGCGAGUGUGCGUGUCUUGACUGUGUACCCAUAACCGUGUUCGCGACAGUGUUAGUGGCGUGUGCGUGUGCGAAAAGAACAGAGCUAGUGAGAUGCUCAACCUGGACUGAGACUGAGCGCCAGAGAUAAGGCCGGGAUAAGGCCGGAAUCCACUCCGAUUGACCAGCUGAAGCAGCCAGCCACAACCAUCGCACUGGCGUCGUUUUGCGAGCGCGGCUUGAUGCCCGACUCGAUGAUGGACAUGGAGCACCGGGACCACCAGCUGCACCGCCAGCAGCAGCACCACCACCAGUCCGCCCGCCAGGUGGCCAGCACCAGUACCAGCACCUUUGCAUCGCCAGCGCCGGCGGCCACCACGGCCAGUCCAUCGGCCGAUCAUCGAGAGCGGGAUCGGGAGCGGGAUCGGGACAGGGAGCGAGAGCGGGAGCGUGAGCGCGAGCGGGAUCGUGACCUUCAUCUGCAUCAUCACCAGCAGAGCAAUGCAGCCUCAUCGCCGCUGCCCGUUAAUGCCACCAUGCAACUGCAUCAACAGCAGCAAACGCAGCAGCCGCUGCAGCAGCAGCAGAUGCAGCAGCAGCAGUUGCCGCAAUUGCAGCAGCGCGACCAUCACCAACAGCAGCCGCAGCAGCAAAUGCAAAAUCAGCAGCAGCUAAUGGCACCACCACAGCAGCAGCAGCUGCCACACAGCCAUCAUGCGCUGAUGCAGCAGUCGCAGCAGCAGCAGGCCAUCCACCGAGCCGAGGCGCGACGAGAUACACAAGCAAAACAUUCACAUGGAUUUCUCUAUUCGGACGAGGAAAUCAGCGAUAAGGCAUCAACAUGCGGAAAAUUGCUAAUAUUUCUAUCCGUGGCACUUGUGAUAAUGACGUUACCAUUCAGUCUAUUCGUGUGCUUCAAGGUGGUGCAGGAGUACGAGCGCGCGGUUAUCUUCCGUUUGGGUCGCCUCAUGCAGGGUGGUGCCAAGGGCCCAGGUAUCUUCUUCAUCCUGCCCUGCAUCGACUCCUAUGCCCGAGUGGACUUGCGUACCCGAACCUACGAUGUGCCACCGCAGGAGGUUCUCACAAAGGAUAGCGUUACGGUUUCGGUGGAUGCAGUGGUUUACUAUCGCGUAUCAAAUGCAACGGUCUCUAUAGCGAACGUGGAGAAUGCCCACCAUUCGACCAGACUACUGGCACAGACUACUCUACGAAACACAAUGGGAACUCGGCAUUUGCAUGAGAUACUCAGCGAGCGUAUGACGAUUUCCGGCACAAUGCAGGUUCAACUCGACGAAGCCACCGAUGCCUGGGGCAUCAAAGUUGAACGUGUUGAAAUCAAGGACGUGCGCCUGCCCGUGCAACUGCAACGCGCUAUGGCCGCCGAGGCAGAGGCCGCCCGUGAAGCCCGAGCCAAAGUCAUCGCCGCCGAAGGAGAGCAGAAGGCAUCUCGAGCACUACGCGAGGCGUCGGAGGUGAUUGGCGAUUCGCCGGCGGCCCUCCAGCUGCGUUACCUGCAGACACUCAACACCAUAUCCGCGGAGAAGAACUCGACGAUUGUGUUCCCGCUGCCCAUCGAUUUGAUAACGUAUUUCCUGAAGACCAACGAGGCCACAACGCAGCAGAAUGCGGCAGCAGCAGCGGCAGCGAUUGGCAAUACACCGCCACCGUUGCAGCUAGCACCGCAACAGCAGCAAUAUCAGCAGCAGCCGUACCAGCAACAAUAUCAGCAGCAGCCGCAACAGCAAAUUCAACAGCAGCAACAACAACCGCAGCAACAGCAACAACCGCCGCAGCAGCAGCAGCAAGCGCCUCAGCAAAUGCAACAACAACUGCAUCAGCAGGGACAGCAGAUCUCAUCCGCCAUGUAAAUCCGCUUCAGUUCAUCACAUUGAUUCGGCCUUGUCGAAUUGAAAAUGCUCUGCACAAAGCUAAAGGAAAUUGCGGGGUAUCAAAGCUUAGAAUUUUCAAUUUAAAAACCUUAAGAAACAAAGCAAAAGAAUGCUUUAUAAGGGUUCUUAAUUAUUUUAAACUGCAACCUAAAAGCCUAAAUACUCGGUAUAUUCUUCGAACGUAUCUUACAGGGUAUCAAGGCUAAAAUUUAGCACUAUAAAACCCUAAGAAACCAACAGCAGUAUUUUUGUUAGUUUAUUACACAUUUUGUAGUGUAUUCUUCGGUCCUUUUUUUUAUUUAUAAUAAAUUAAUGUGUACCAAAUCAUAAAAGCUUAAUAAAAGUCUUAGAAACACAAACACUUUCAGGAAUAUUUUGUUUCUUUACUUAUUUCCAAUUGCUCGUAUUGAUACCCCUUAAUAAGCCAUAGAAUUCAAGUGUUUGUGCAGAACAUUUAAUUACAUAAAUAAAAACCAACGGAAACAACGAUUCAAGAGAAUCAAAAAAAUGUAGUUCAUAACACCGAUAAGUGCGAUUCGAAUGUGUUCGCCGGAAGAAGGCCCCCAUUACUAAUAAUAUUGGGAUUCUGAGGUCAUAUAGGUACGAAAAUACAAACCUAGACUAGUUUCAUACGAGGCGAGAAAUAGAGUUUAAUAUUUGUAGCUUUACGACCAGAGGAUGCAAUUCUAAAGAUAAUACGUAGGACUUAGCAAGGUGCAAUUUACCACAGUAUAUAUAUAAAUAUAUAAAAAAAAUCAGCAUAUACAUAUAAAUUACAGGUAAGCCUGUCAAUUGAAAAAGAUAAAUACAAAAUGAAUAAAAAAUAAAAUCUCUAAAAAACUUCGCACAUAACAUUUAGACAGUUAUCGAAAUAUCGUAAAUACUCCGCAAGUUAAUAAUUCAAAAUAUCAUAAUUAAAUCAAUGGCCGCUCAGGUGAAAAUUCUAAAACCAACCAGUUUUGAGAAUCUUGAAUUCAAAAAUUCGAUAUAGUCAAAAAUGGUUGGUUUGGUUUUGUAUUUUCACACCUAAAAACUGAGAUGAACAUAGGUUUCUGUUAUUUUUGGUUGUUUUUUCGUAACUCCAAAAACGUCCGUUUUCUUAAAAGUCAGUUAAAGUAUUAUCAAGAAGGAAACAUUCGAUAUAAAUUUAUUUUUGAAAAAAUAAUAAAAUUAGAAUGUUUUUAGUUAUUUUAUACGGUUUAGCGAAGGCAAGGUCAAGUUUAAUUAUUAUUCAUCAUAUUUCUUAUUUAUUUUAAUCACACCAAAGAACAUUAACUGCAUUAAGAAAACGGGCCCGGCGCAUAGUAUUUAUAUAAAUCAUAUUGAACAGUUGAUGAAAGCAUUUUAAAAUGGAUUAACCUGGUUAGAAUACAGGCCUACUUUGGGCAGAUAAUAGACAUCCUUGAACAGUUGAUGGAAGCGUUUUGUAAAUGUUUAGCCUUAAGAUGUUUGCCCUGUUAAUUAUGGAUGACUCUAAAUAUAUAUUGCUGUAUACUUAGCUCUUGCAUAUGAAUGUAUAAAAACGUGAUCGGCUAUGCCUCGAUGUACAUUAGAGAAAAUGUUGUCCGCACUUACAUAAGUAAAAAUACUUUAAAGUCUUGGUAUUGAUAUUCGAUAUUGAUAUUGAUAACUUGAAAUAUUACCAUGUGUAUAAAAUGUGAUGAUAAAAAUUGCAGAGUACACCCCGGAUUCCUAGUUACUUCAAUUGUUAUUCUGUUUCAACUAGAGUUUGCCCAGGAUACUAGCCGAUUUGUUCGAUUAACUAGCCCUCGGACGACUGUGGCCGAGACCAGUGGUUGCCAUAUGGAGCCUUACGAUCAAAUCCGUUAGUGAGCAACGUUCGUAGGUCCAAAUACGAAUGCCAAACAAUAAAUAAGAGUAAUACGAAUUUAUUGUACAUACAAUAAACAAAAAUAGCGAAUAUGCCCAAACUAUACAGAACUGUUUUACCCCAAAAUGCAAGGCGGAUAUGUUAUAUAUCCCCUACAUACAUAUAUAUUCGCCCAUAUAGGAUAUACACAUCUCGCAGGACCUUCUCUGUCGCAGUAGCGAAUACAAAAUGAAUACAUUAAUCCAUUUGUCAGUAGUCACCAGCCCCCAAAAAGGAUAAAGCAAAAUUAACCUAAAUCGAAUUAGAAUCGGUCCUCUCAAAGUGCAUUUGCAAAACACAGAAACGUUUACUUUUUAGCGCACUUCAUGGAUUUAAAUCGAGUUAUUGCAUUAAUUAUAUAUACAUAUACAAGACAAAACAUAACGAAUUACAUAUUAUGUACAAUUUUGCCUUUGAACAAUUUUUAAACGAAAACGAUUUCAUUAUUCUAUAUACAUACAU